CCUUCCCUCCUCCUUUCUCUCCCUCCUUCUCCUCCCCCCUUUGCCUCUCUCCUCUGCUCUCCUCCUCACCCUUCCUUGCCGGACCUAAGGAGACAGCUGAGAAGAAAGCAGCCACUGCAUCUACUAGAGGUGACGGACAGUAAGGCUGUGAUUCAUGCCUGCGUAGGAGCGGAGCUGAGAAGAGCAGAGCCGAUCCGCCUGCCUUGCAUAGAGCAUCCAGUAGCGCUCCUGAGCUGAGGAAGAGCUGAGAGCAGCCAGUCAGCCCCAGGUGCAUUUUCAACACCUAAGUGCUUGCUUGGUAUACGGGCGCUGUGCCACCUGGAGUUUAUAAACGUCUGUCCUUUGCCCAGCUUCUGAAGUGCGCUAUUUCCCCCUUCAUCCUCCAGCUUUCCCAAGACUCGGAAUCCGUCAGCCAGCUCGCGCAGUCUACCUCGGUCCGCAAUUUCGGCUCCUUAGCUAACUGUCGGCCUCCCACGUGAAAGACCCGAGAAAGCAGGCAGACCCAGGACUCUGGCAACAGAGCAAAUGGCAUCUUCGGCACCUUCCUCCUCCUCCUCCUCCUCUUCCAACCCAGGGCCGGACUCCAAUCCCACCAACCUUCGCCCUACCACUUAUGACACCUGGUGCGGGGUGGCCCAUGGAUGCACCAGAAAACUGGGACUCAAGAUAUGCGGCUUCCUGCAAAGGACCAACAGCCUGGAGGAGAAGAGUCGAAUUGUGAGCGCCUUCAAAGAGAGGCAGUCCUCAAAGAAUCUGAUAGCAUGUGAGAACAUUGGGCGGGAGGCUCGGUUCCGCCGAACUGAGACCGACUUCUCCAACCUGUUUGCCAGAGACCUGCUUCCGGCCAAGAAUGGGGAAGAGCAAACUGUACAGUUCCUUUUGGAGGUGGUGGAUAUCCUCCUCAACUAUGUUCGGAAGACAUUUGACAGAUCCACCAAGGUGCUGGACUUCCACCACCCACAUCAGUUGCUAGAAGGAAUGGAGGGCUUCAACCUAGAGCUUUCUGACCACCCUGAGUCUUUGGAGCAGAUCCUUGUGGACUGCAGAGAUACUCUGAAGUAUGGAGUUCGAACAGGUCAUCCUCGGUUUUUCAACCAACUCUCUACUGGAUUAGAUAUCAUUGGCUUAGCUGGUGAGUGGCUGACAUCAACUGCUAACACCAAUAUGUUUACAUAUGAAAUUGCCCCAGUGUUUGUUCUCAUGGAGCAAAUAACACUUAGGAAGAUGCGAGAAAUCAUUGGAUGGUCAAGUAAGGAUGGUGAUGGCAUAUUUUCACCUGGGGGUGCUAUAUCCAACAUGUACAGCAUCAUGGCUGCUCGCUAUAAGUACUUCCCAGAAGUCAAAACCAAAGGCAUGGCAGCUGUUCCCAAACUGGUCCUCUUUACCUCAGAACACAGUCACUAUUCGAUAAAGAAGGCAGGGGCUGCACUUGGCUUUGGAACAGACAAUGUGAUUCUGAUAAAAUGCAAUGAAAGGGGGAAAAUCAUCCCAGCUGAUUUGGAGGCAAAAAUUCUUGAAGUCAAGAAAAAGGGAUAUGUUCCCCUUUACGUCAACGCAACUGCAGGCACAACUGUGUAUGGAGCUUUUGAUCCGAUACCUGAGAUUGCAGAUAUAUGUCACAAAUACAACCUUUGGCUGCAUGUCGAUGCUGCCUGGGGAGGAGGUCUCCUCAUGUCCAGAAAGCACCGUCAUAAGCUUGAUGGCAUAGAAAGAGCCAACUCAGUUACCUGGAACCCUCACAAGAUGAUGGGUGUUCUGUUACAGUGCUCUGCCAUUCUCGUGCGAGAAAAGGGCAUACUCCAAGGGUGCAAUCAGAUGUGUGCAGGGUACCUAUUCCAGCAAGAUAAGCAGUAUGACAUUUCCUAUGACACUGGAGACAAGGCCAUACAGUGUGGCCGCCAUGUGGACAUUUUCAAGUUUUGGUUGAUGUGGAAAGCUAAGGGCACAGUGGGAUUUGAAAAUCAGGUCAACAAGUGCUUGGAUUUGGCAGAGUAUCUCUAUGCCAAAAUUAAAAACAGAGAAGAAUUUGAAAUGGUUUUUGAUGGUGAGCCUGAGCACACAAAUGUUUGCUUCUGGUACAUUCCACAAAGCCUCAGGGGGAUCCCAGACAGUGAUGAGAGACGAGAAAAACUUCACAGGGUGGCACCGAAGAUCAAAGCUCUGAUGAUGGAGUCUGGUACAACUAUGGUGGGAUAUCAGCCUCAGGGAGACAAAGCCAACUUCUUCCGGAUGGUUAUCUCAAAUCCAGCAGCCACCAAGUCUGACAUCGACUUCCUCAUUGAGGAAAUCGAAAGAUUGGGGCAGGAUCUGUAAUAACAAUUGGCAAACCUUUUCUUGCUUUCAUGAGCUGUUUUCCAGAAUUGGCUGCUUCACACCCAGUUCUCCAGAAUACAUUUCAUGGAAGUUUCCUUUCUAAAUGUUCCAUUCUCCUAUGGCACUCUAGAACAAAUCCCUGUAAGUUGCUGAAAACAUAUAGGCCAUUUUACUGAGACAGAAAAAAUAUAUAAUUGUGACAUGUACUGCUAAACCUUAUUUAAGCCUGUUUGUUGUAGUUAGCAGGAAACUAAUAGGUCUUAAAAGAAGUUGCAGAUGAAAAAUUCUUUACAGUAUAUAUGUACAGUUAUAUAUAACUAUAUAUAUAUGUAUAGUGAGUAGGACUUUAGUAAUAAGCAGCAUGAUUUCCACUUUCAGAGAGCCAAUUCUUCCUUCAACAGUCACUGAGGAGGGGGUAAUGUGCUGCAAACCAGCUUGCCAAAUGAAAACAGGGAAGCUUUUAUAAAACUGUAGUUCUGUAAUUACAAAGGAAAUUACUAUUUAGCAGGACUUAAUCUUACCUUCUGUUAGUCUCUCCUGCCUGACAUAAUCAAUUAGGAAAAGCCAGAGCUAUAACUAAGGAGGAGCAAGAGAGGCUUUGUCACAGGAUGCUAACAUUUACAGGGCAUUGACAGCACUUGCAUUCCUUCAUCAAGUAGAAACAACUGACCUCAGCACCUAUUUAGGAAGAAUAAUUAGUCAAAAUAGGAAGCUGUCAGAGGACAGUAGCUCCCUCCCCCAGUUGGCCUGAAUCCCAGGUGAGCUUCUUUCAAGCCACAUUAUACUCCAUUUCCAGGUGAUGACCUCACCAGCAGUAGCUUCAAGGGGUCCUGGGGUGUCUCCUCCAAAAGGAGGAGAUCUUGUGUCUUGAUACCUAAGUUUUUUCUCCAAGGGAGGUCUUCUUCACACUCACCCCACCUACCCUAGGUGAAUUUGUCUUACUGCUUGCCCCAGGCACAGGUAUUUUGUGGUGCUUUCCCUGAGCUCCAUAACUGCUAAUUAUAGCUCUGGGAAAGUCACCAUCUGCUGCCCAAAUAGCCACACCCUCUCCAUUAGUGUCAUAGUAGGGGACAGUAGUAGCACAGUCCUUGUCAAUAGAUAUAUUCUUGCUGUAUUUUUAGAGAUUACUUUGUGUAGAUUGUGUAUAUUAUUGUUAAAUGACUGUGGUGGGGGAAGGAACACACGUAAUGGUUUCAAUAACUGUUCAAUUGUAGGUAUAUGAAAUAUUUGCUUUAUUUAUAUGCAGAGAUUUACCAUGUUAAGAGUUGUCUUGUAUUUUCUUCCAUUUGUAAUGUAUCUUAUUGCUAUAUUACUGAAGUAAGUUUGAAAUAAUGUUUAUGGUAUUUUAGUGUAUUUGUGAGCCAAAGAGAAAAGAGUAAAAUUUAGUGACAUGUGCAUUUCUAUUAGAGUGCCCUUAAAAAUAAUCACUUAUGGAUCAUUUUCCUGUCUCUAAAAGGAAUUCUGAAAUUGUACAUACAGUUGAGUAUACUGAAACCCCUUUUCUUCCAUAGACUCUGCACCUUUGUUACCCUUACUGUGUCUAGUUUUCUGAAUGCUUUUCUAGUGACUCCUGGCUAACAACCAGGCCCUUGUACCUUUUAGUAGAUCAGGACCAAGCUCUGUGACUAGCUUAGCUAAAUUCUAUGGCAACAUUUCCGAAGAUCCUUGUGGAUUCUCGAGCAGCUCUGACCAGGCUCACUGCUGUUUUGCAGAAAGAACAUUUUAGAGUAUACAUGAGAAAAAUGAAUAAAUAAAAAAGUUCUCCUUGGAGAACUUAGGCAGAGUGGUUUGCCAGUUCGUCUUUUUAAUUGAGAGAGAUGUUUCCAAUUGCAGUCACCUAGGACACCUGCAGCUCAUUCCAUUACCAUUAGCUGGCUGACUGUGUGGCUAAUUGCCUGCGUUUCACCCUCAUGAUCACACUAAAUCUCCAUUCAAUGUCAAACCAAAGUCCCAGAACCACCCAGGAUCUGCAAAAUUUUAUUUUGGCCAGUCACUAAAAUUUGUUGAUUUCAGUGUCUUGGAAAGGUUUUGCCCUCUUAUCUCAUUUUCCAUUUUGCUGUUUGAGGCUUCAUUUCUUGGUGAUUCUAUGAAAGUGAGAGGCAUAGAAUGAAACAAUUUGUCCUGCCCAGCUUGGGUUGGGUGGUUCUAGUUUGCGUGGGUAACUUCCUUACAGGAAAGAAUGACAUAACUGUGAAGGGGUCCAGAAAAAUAAUGAAUAAUCUUUUGCUCGGAAGGGCUUUUAAAAAAAAGUUUGAAUUCAUCCUAUGACAAAAUUCCAAAGUUUUCUGGAUAUGUGCAUGUGAUAGCUCUAGGUAAACAGUUCCCUUUUGUAAGAGGCAGCAUGAUAUGGUGGACAGGGCACCAGACUUGUAAUCAUGAAGACCUGGGUUCAAAUCCUGCCUAAGACAUUAGCUUUGUGGCUGGAUGUCAUUUUACCUCUCUGUUUCUUCAAUUGUAAAGUGAGGGGUUUAGAUCUUAAUGGCCUUUAGGGUCUUUCACAUCCCUAAUUCUGUGACCUCAUGAAACAUUUGCAUACAGUUCACUAAGUAGAGAAAUGGAAUUGUGUAGGACUGAGAAAGAGCUAAAGGCAAAGAUGAAUGCUCAGCUAAAGAUGAUUUCCCCAAAUCUUAGCCAGAAUCCAUAAAUGGUUUUGAUGUGAUGGAAGGAACACAGAACUAUAACUUGGGAGACCUGGGUCUGAAUUUCGACUCUACUAUUUAAACUCUGUGUGGUCUUUAACAGAUUUGGUAAUGUUGGAGAGAGCUCUAAAUUUGGGUGUGGAGGACUUGGGUUCAAAUACUGCUCAUUUCAUUUAGGAUCUAUGUGACUUUGGGUCUCAAUCUCUUCAUCUAUAAAAUGAGAGAAUUGGAUAGGAUGGCCUCCCUUCUAGCUCAAAAUUACUGUGAUUCUACAAUUGGCAUCUGUUGAUUUUUAAGUGUAAUAGCAAAUACAUGAUUGGGCAGUGCAAUGGCAUAGUGUAUAGAGUACAGGGCCUGGAGACAGGAAGACUCAUCUUCCUGAGUUCAAAUUUGGUGAUACAGUUGGCCUAGAAGGGAAAGUAUUUUUCAAGGCAGUAUUUGUGGUACCUUCUGACCUCAGCACUUAGUAAAGACUGAGUCCUUUCUAGAGUAAGCCUCUAGGAGUAAUUCUGUAAUCCAAGGCUUGAGGUUCAAGUUCAGGCCCCAGUGGGUAGAUAUAUUUAUUUGGAAGAAGAAAGCCAGUCAGUUCCCAAUCCUGAAUAUUUGGUUUUGAGAUUUUCCCCUUUGAAAGGAGCUGCCUCCCAUCUAUCCCAAGUGUACUUCCCCCAGGAGAAUAUUUCCUGGCAACUUACCUAAGAUGAAAAUAUAAGGUAUAUUCUCUGUAUUCUUGUGUUUCCAUAGUCUAAUUUGUGGAAAGGAAUACAUGACCUAGAUUUUCCGAUCCCUAAAUCUGACUUCCAUUGGGUACAUGACUAGUCAUUUCCUUCCCAAAGUGACUCUUUUCCCUCUUUCCCUCUUUGGCAGGCAUUGUUUUGGAGUCUGGUGAUUUUCAGUCAGGAGAGAAUUCCUAUUGCUCCCUAACCUAAUCCAUGAGUUUGGGAAAGGAUAACUAUUAAAGAAAGCUGAAAACAUC